AUGCUCUUGGAUUUGAGGGACGCCCCGAAGCUGGCGGACUUCAGCUCAGCGGCUCGGUCGCAUGAGGGUGGGUCCGUGGAAGGUGCCAUGCGAAUGCGGUACUACGAUGCACUGGAGGAGCUGAUGGGGAGGGAGAAUGGCGAGGUGGUGGACAUGAGGAGUGCCAGUCUCGAGGCAUUGUUGAGAGGAAACCUCAGAUUCCCAGUGAGGGACGGCCUUUACAAAGAUACUAGUGAAUUCCCAACGAGGGCCUUCUGUGGCCAUCUGCAUUCCCUUCAUUUGAAAAACUGCAACUUUUGUGAGACCGACGACCACCUUUCCCUCGUGCUGGAGCUCUGCGAACAUGACGCUCUCUACGACCGAAUAUUGUCCCGUAAGGCCCUCACUGACCCUGUUGCCACCGCUUGUAUGGUGCAAAUUCUCUGCGCCCUCACGCAUUGCUACUGCCUGAGCAUUGUUAAUCGGGAUGUGAAGCCUGAGGACGUGCUCUUCGAUUCAAGGGACGUCCCGAAGCUGGUGAGAGGUGCUGAUGCGGUGGGAGUAUGGCGAGGAGGUGGACAUGUAGAGGGUUGGGGUGGUGUUGUGCAUGAUGAUCGUGGGGUCGCCACCGUUCCAGGGCAAGUCAGCCUUGGAGGUUUUCGAGGUUGUGCUGAGGGGGAACCUGAGGUUCCUGGCGAGAGCCUCUACAACAUCUUGGCGGUGGCUAAGGAAUUUUUGAGUAAGAUGAUCUGCAGGGAUGUUUCCAGGAGGAUAUCUGCAGAGCAGGCCUUGAGUGAGCGCUUCGAAUGGACAUCCUUGAAUCCUCAGUGGAGAAGAGACUGUAGAGUGGCCUGA